CUAACGGUGCAGGUUAAAUGAUUUGGGUGUAAUUGGCUACCACUCACUGUAUCUCCCCUUAUAUAUGCCGUGUUUUUAGCCGACUUCUUUCAGUCAAUGGAUGAGCAAAAGAGAGAAAUGAAAAUGAUGGACCGUGAAGCUACAGUUUCCUCCUAUGUAGGUGGUUCAAAAAGACUCAAAUAUGGUUGGUAGAGAAGGCAUCCCUCUUCAGGAAGGAUCAGCAAAGUAUAUCUCUGACACGUUAUUCCAGUGACAGUUUAGCAUUAUUUAUUAAGGAAUUUAUUCUUGCUCAUUAUAUCAUUCCAACUAUCCUUGAUGCUUUGAAUGGUUCUGAAUCAAUCCUAGAUCCUAUCACAAAAGUUUGCACUCAAGGUGUUCAACAAAAUCCCUAAAAGAGAAUUUAUAAUUUCUAAUUCUAGAGCAUGAACAAGUAUUUAAUUUCUAAUUCUGGCAGGUGAUUCAUCAAAUACGAGGCCCCGUCCUAGCACCAUGACUCUGAUUCUAACAUCAUUUGAUCACGAGGGACAAUAUUAAGAAAUAUUCAGGACAGUGCGUGUGGAUAUAAAGUGAAAAGACGUGGAGGGACAGUGUUUGCAAGUGAAGACUAAAUUUGUUGUUCUGUCCUGCAUAUGUUGAAAUAAGAUGAAACCUCAACCAUGAAGGAUUAAAAAAUUGACAAUUAAAGAAGAAGAGGAUUACCAAGCACAUUUUUCAUUUCCGAUUCACUGGAGAAACGAAUAUUGUAACCAACGUCCUCAAGAAGGCUGCGAAAGUUCUUCAUUACCGCCACGAGAGGAAUUCUGCCUGUCACUCCAAGCCACCAAUUUGGACAGUUCAACCUGUUGGCAUUGAGGAAUGACAGAGUUGGGAAAUCACUGCAAGGAAUCACAAUCAGCAGUGGCAGAUGGUUUUAAUGAAAACGGUAGCUCUACCGAAACAAUCUCACCUCCUAAAGCUAACCAAAAACCCAAUGGUGUCCAGAAGGGAGGCUCUUUGAUUACACUUAAUAAGCAAUGUGCUGGUGAAGCAACAAUUGUUUAUGGACAUGGGGCUGACAUUGAGACAUUAAUGCCAGAGUUAAGGCACCCCGAUUACUACACUAUGCCUCAGAUCCAAGAGCUUCCAGCCAUGGAAAGGGCUGAACUUUGAUUCAUCCACCAUCUCAGCAAUUUUGUCGUGGGAAGAAAGGCCAUUGUCCAAUUCAACAACCAAAAGGCAAUUGUUUAUAAGGACGAGAGCUAGAAACCGCCUGUAGGACAAGGUCUCAACAAACCUGAUGGGGUCGCACUCCUAAACAUAAAAGUUUUNAUUUGGU